GCGGGGCUCCCGGCCGCCGCAGCUGAUGGUGUUCCGCAACGUGGGUCGGCCGCCGGAGGAGGAGGACGCAGAGGCGGCCCCGGAGCCAGGACCCUCGGAACUGCUAUGUCCCCGGCACCGCUGUGCCCUGGACCCCAAGGCCCUGCCCCCGGGGUUGGCGCUCGAGCGGACCUGGGGCCCGGCGGCUGGACUAGAGGCGCAGUUGGCAGCUUUGGGGCUCGGGCAUCCGGCGGGGCCGGGGGUCAAGACGGUUGGUGGUUGCUGCCCGUGCCCCCCGCAGCCGCCCCCUGCGCAGCCCCAGCCGCCUGCUGCCGCCCCGCAGGCCGGGGAGGACCCCACGGAAACGAGCGACGCGUUGCUAGUCCUGGAGGGGUUGGAGUCGGAGGCCGAGAGCCUGGAGACUAACAGCUGCUCGGAAGAGGAGCUCAGCAGCCCGGGCCGCGGAGGAGGAGGUAGCCGGCUUCUGCUGCAGCCCCCAGGCCCUGAAUUACCCCCGGUGCCCUUUCCGCUGCAGGACUUGGUCCCUCCAGGGCGCUUGAGUAGAGGGGAGCCGCAGCAGCCGCCUCCCCCGCCCCCUCCUCCUCCUGGGCCCCUCCGGCCACUCGCGGGCCCAUCUCUGAAGGGCUCUCUCAAAAUCCGCCUCAGCCGCCUCUUUCGCACGAAGAGCUGCACCAGUGGCUCCGGUGGCGUGUGUGGGGCCGGCAAGAGGCCUUCUGGAGAGCUGGCCGCUUCAGCUGCGAGCCUGACAGACGUGGGAGGCUCUGCCGGCCGGGAGCUGGACGCAGGGAGGAAACCCAGGUUGACAAGAACUCAAAGUGCCUUUUCUCCAGUCUCCUUCAGCCCCCUAUUCACAGGUGAAACAGUGUCGCUUGUGGAUGUGGACAUCUCACAGCGGGGCCUGACCUCUCCACACCCUCCAACUCCCCCUCCUCCUCCGAGAAGAAGCCUCAGCCUCCUAGAUGAUAUCAGUGGGACGCUGCCUACAUCUGUCCUUGUGGCUCCGAUGGGGUCUUCCCUGCAGUCUUUCCCCCUACCUCCGCCUCCUCCACCCCAUGCCCCAGAUGCAUUUCCGCGGAUUGCUCCCAUCCGAGCAGCUGAAUCCCUACAUAGCCAGCCCCCCCAACACCUCCAGUGUCCUCUCUACCGGCCGGACUCAAGCAGCUUUGCAGCCAGCCUUCGAGAGUUGGAGAAGUGUGGUUGGUAUUGGGGACCAAUGAAUUGGGAAGAUGCAGAGAUGAAGCUGAAAGGGAAGCCAGAUGGUUCUUUCCUGGUACGAGACAGCUCUGAUCCUCGUUACAUCCUGAGCCUCAGUUUUCGAUCCCAGGGUAUCACCCACCACACUAGAAUGGAGCACUACAGAGGAACAUUUAGCCUGUGGUGUCAUCCCAAGUUUGAGGAUCGCUGUCAGUCAGUGGUGGAGUUCAUUAAGAGAGCCAUCAUGCAUUCCAAGAAUGGAAAAUUUCUCUAUUUCUUGAGAUCCAGGGUUCCAGGACUGCCACCAACUCCAGUCCAGCUGCUCUAUCCAGUGUCCCGAUUCAGCAAUGUCAAAUCCCUCCAGCACCUUUGCAGAUUCCGAAUCCGACAGCUCGUCCGGAUAGAUCACAUCCCGGAUCUCCCACUGCCUAAACCCCUGAUCUCUUAUAUCCGAAAGUUCUACUACUAUGAUCCUCAGGAAGAGGUGUACCUGUCUUUAAAGGAAGCGCAGCUCAUUUCCAAACAGAAGCAAGAGGUGGAACCAUCCACGUAGCGAGGGGCCCUGCUGGUCACCACCGAGGGCAUUUGGUUGCCAAGCUCCAGUUUUGAAGAACCAAAUGAAGGUAUUAUGAAAAGAGGAGCGGGGAAAAGCAAGAGGAACUAGGAAGGGUUGGGGUCCUCUGUGCAAAGACUUUGAUUCCCCUCGCCACCCUGGGGCUUGGAAGAAGCACACAGCCAUGCUGUUUGCGUGGGGAGCCACCUUUCCCAUGCCGCCCCUCUGGUGUCCUGGAACUGGAUGAGCUCCUAGAAAACUGGAAGAAGUCUCAACACUGUUUCUUUUUCACACGUUUUGUUUUGGAUAUUUACAUUUCUUGGUGUGGAAAACUCACUUUAAAGGCAGCUGGGGUUUGUGCCCAUUGGGUUGGAAGUGGUGCGAAGGGUGAGCAGGUCCAAAGGAGGGGUGGGGAGGGGAUUGCCAGUGCCGGUCAAGCAGCUGGUGCCAAAGGCAGAGUGUGAGUCUUCACCAUUGACCUUGAAGAAGGGAAGAGAAGGAGUCAGAGGGCAAAUCAAGUUAGGUGUUUCUGAGGGAGCUUCUCUUUAAGCAUGGGUAGCUUCAGUAGGAGCAGGAAAGAAAGGAGGUGAGUGGUCUCAGACAGAAGAUUACUGGACAAAAACUGGCAGAUGGCCUCUGCUGGGGGAAGCAGUGACUCCUCGCAUCCUUUCCUUCUAAAUUUAGGAACCUGAUUUCAAAAUCACCUCUCAUAGAAGCUAGAUUCAUUUUGUUUAAUUUUUAAGCUCUGUGACCUCAAGUUAACCCUCUUCUUUCUCCACCCUCAACCUGUUCCCCAAGAUAACUGUACAUUUCACUCUGGUCAUGGUAACGUCAUUCCUCUUGCUUCCGCCAGCUGUCAAGGCAAUAGUUUUUUCAUCUCCUGAGCAGUGGAGCUCCAGUCAUGGGCUGCUAAGGUUAAUGGAGCAUGCCUCCAGAUUCUUAAUGGCAAACUGUACCGAGACUUAGGAGUCAGUGUCACUCCAUUUGCCUGUCAGCUAGUGAGAGGGAAUGUGGAGGAAGGUGUGAAACAAAGCUAUCAUGGUUGUGCCCUUCCUAUUGAAAGCUCUCCAGUGUCAGCCUUAAGGGAAUGUCCUUCGAUCCGAGAGGAGGAGAGCACUGCAUUUCAUGGUUUUAGGUUUAUCACUGUCCCACUUCUGGAAUGGGAGCUAGCAAGGGCUUCUUAAUUUUCCUGUGUUCUCUCUGGCAACCCAAACAUUUUCCUGAGUCAGAUCCUGUUUGCCCUCCUUUCACUGGAAUUCUGUCAGAUGCUGAUUUCAGAGUUGCCUGUCGUCCAGGUGGAAGUGAGGAGAGGAGGGAGAAAAACUCCAGUGCUUUUCAAUGGUCUUUAAUUUUUUCUGAAGCAGGCCAUUGUCAGAUCUUAUAAGAUUAUGCAUUUGCUUUUCUGUAGAGCUACUCUGGGGAAAAGUUUGCUAUUAAGAUGUGAAAAUUGAACUGUUUGGUCUUUAUUACUCAUUUGCAGUAGUGUUCCAUUAGACUGCGUCUUUUGCUUCCCCUAUGCUCCAUCUCAUAAGGUAGAUAAUACUAUCAAGUUUGUGGUUUCCUGAUGGCUUGAGGUAAGGCCCUGGUGUCUGGUUAAUUUUUAGGACUGCCUCAUCUGGAAGCAUUGGCCUCUGCCUUACGACCUGCGUGGAAUGACCAGCUUCCUCCUUGUGGCUGAGUAGGGAGGAAACUUGAAUUGUUCCUUGCUUGUAAGAGGUGGCCCAUAAAUUAAGCUGUGUAACAGAAACACAGCCCACCUCUCAUUUUUCAGGAGGUACCUCUUCUGUCUGUGGCUUCCAUGGUAUUAUUUACCAUGUUAAGAUUGUGAUCUCAGAAAUUGGCUUAACCUGUGAGUCUUGCCUCUUGAGGGUACAGAUUAACUUGCAAUCUUGCAGAAAGGGCCACCCUCACCCCCAACCCACCCCCACCACUGUAGAGCCUGAGGUCUAGAAUCCAUUGGGAUCCUUGAGUAGCUGAUGUGCAGCUACCUGGGAUUUUUUUUACACCCAUUUUCACUACCCAUAAUUUUAAAACGAUUUUUUAGUGUGUGUUUGCCUGGCUCUGGGCUAGAUACUGUGGAAAACACAAGAAGCAGAAGACAUAGUAUCUGCCUUCAGGACCUUUUAGGUGACAGCCACACAUGAAGCAAUUGGAGAAUGACUCAGCGUAGCACGUAGCAGAGAAUCAAGGGCUGUGUUUAAAGAAAUUUAGAGUGGGUAAGAUCAGGGUAGACCAGAUGGUGUAGGAAAGCUCUGAGGCAGUGAGGCUUUGGAUCGUGGGCGAGGGCAGGACAAUGAGUUGAGAAACACAUGAACCAAAAGCAUGAAAGCAGAAAUCUGUGUGGUGUAACUGAACAGUGCACAGCCCCAAGUUAGAGCAGAAGCCCUUAAGAAUCCAUUUUCAGUGCAGUGUGGUCUAGACUGAAAUUUCCCAGUCAUGGGCAAGUCUGAAUGCUGAGGGUUUAUGAUAAAGUGGAGUCCAUAGCCAGAAGCCAGCUGGGUUCCGGCCCAUGGCCAAGGACUUCACUGCUGUCAGUGCAGCCUGGGUGAGGGAGGCAGAGCCCUAGAGCCCCCCUGGCACCAGGGUUUCCACUGGAUAAUUCCUGUGCUCAGGUACAAAUCCUAACCUGCUGAGAUGGCCCAGCCUCACCCCUGCCCUUUCUCCUGGGAAGGGUGGCGUUUGCCUAUGUCCAUGAUCUGUCUGUGCUUCAGUCGUAGCCAGGCUGCAGCCUAGUCCUUGCUUCGAGUGGGCUGCAGGGCAGACUUGUGCGCGGGGAGACAGGCUCCACCAGGAGGUGUGGAGGAAGAGGUGCGGCGGAGGUGCCGGCCUGGUCAGAGUACACGAGGAGCAGGAGUACUUCCCCCUCACCUCUUCUGGCUGGGCCCACCCUCUCCUUUGCCGGUCCUGCGCAGUGCUAAUUGAAAUGCAGUCUACAGAGGGUACUUACUCCUUUUUGGUUGUAUUUUAAAGUCACAAACUGGAAAGGGCACUCACUCCUAGGGACCCCUCGUUGAUUCCUAAGUUGUGGAUGGGUGAUGUCAGCACCCUGGGGUGCUGCCUGUGCAACCCUCACUUGUUUAUGGUUGACCUGCUGUAACCUUCCUCAGGACAGCUGAACCACUGUGAGCUAGUGACAACUACUGCCACAACCUGCUAUUACUGUACUUAAAACUCAUGUGCUGGGUAGGAGCUCAGGAGUAAGGAGGGUGGGAGCUUUGGUAUAGGGACUAGGUAAAUGGGUGACCCUGGGAGUUUGGUACCAUUGGUGAUGACCUUGGCCUGUGUGCCUCGUUACAGUGAAUGCAUAUUCACUGGAAUGUGAGCCGAGGACUGCAGCCAUCAGCCUCCUAGGAGGAAAGGGAGAGGAAAGGCAGGCGGGGAGCUCUCCAUGCCACACUCGUCAUGCCACCCAGUUUAUACUCCUCGGCCUCCUUUCCUCCUUUUCACUUAGCUGAUAAUGUAGCCCCCUUAUUAAGGUUGGGAAUGCUGUUGAGAUAGCUGCAAACACCCCUAUAGUGCACAUCCUGGGGGAACUGGGGAGCAGGGAGGACGGUCAGUGGUCCCAGAUCCAGGUGUGAGAGACUGGAAUGGAGCUGGAUGCCCUGGGGUGCCAGCCCAUUCAGGCCUCAUCCCAGAGCCCCCCCAGAAGAACAUGGCCUGCUAGGAGCCCUUAGGGCCCAGCAGGGUGUGGGGAUGGGAGGAACUUUUCCUUUAGGUUCCAUCUGUCUGCCCUAUUGCCUCUCCCUUGGCCUUGAGCCCUGACGUUGGAGGACUGAGCACUGGGAUAGAGCGCUGUGGCUGCUGGAGGGCAGUCUGAAAGGUGUGUGUGCAUGUGUGUGUGUCUUCAUGUGCAGAAGUCUUGCCACCAGUUGGGGUGCUGAGAGCAUCUCCAUUGGGGGGAGACUUGCCAUUUGUUUUCCACUUUUAAGAGAAUGACAUGCCCCCUGUCCCUAAGGGAGGAGCUUUUGAGUUAGACAUUUUCCCUAUGGGAAUCCUCUUGGGUUUGUCUGUGGGAAAGGGGGGAACGGAUAAAUGAUUUUUAUCUCUAAUCGUCAACACAGCUGUUCUUACACUGAAUUUGUGCUAUUGCAUACAUGUAGCCAUCUUUCUUUUCACUGCAGCAGUGUUUAUCAGUAGUUCAAAAUAAUUUAUUUGCUCCUGGGGAGUAAAACUUUUUUUAUUAAAAAAGAAAAAGAAAAAAAAAAUAAAGUGUACCCCCCCACUUCCCCCCAUGAUCACGAUAAGAUUUUUGGGCCACAAAGCUCAAGAAGGCAAAGGCAAAGUCAAGUCUGCCCCGUUCCCAUGACCUAUCCUGUUUUGAUAUUGGACCUUCUUGCUCAGCACAAAAUGACAGGAGGCCUGGAGAAAAUGUAGAGCAAAGCCUUGGGAGGAGCGCGGUGGGGUUGGACCACAGAGACGCACUGGGGACUCAGGUGCUGCAGUUAGAAAAAUAGAAUAAUGAACUGUAUUUAAAAUACUGACUCUAAUCCGCCAGGGAAAAACCUUUCUUUACAUCCAGAUUCUAUGUUGUCUUGGUCCUUGUCAUCCCUUGACCUGCCUGGUAGGUGCUGUCCAGUUUCUUCCUGUUUCCCUUCCUAUCCUCUCUACCCCUUCUCCCGUCCCUUCCCAGCCCCAUCUGCCUCCUGGAAAGCCAAUCCUGCAUGCCGAGUCUGUGACAUGCCUUCAUACCCAUUUCAUCUCAUUUAGAGGGUACCUGGAACUGCUCCCUCCCCCUCUCCCACCCCCUCUUCCAUCAUGCCAAGAGGCAUCAAGGGGCAGGCAAAAAUCAACCAGCCAUGGCGGAAGACAUGAAUGUCUGGUUGCAGCUGGACUGCAAUCAUAGUUACUCCUGGAGAGAGAGUGCCAGGAAAGCUUAGGACACUCAGUCAGAACCCAGGGUAAUCACAAACCGCACAUCCCUGCUCAGAACUGCAUCCUAAGCCCCCUACAGCUCAGGUGCAUCGGGAAGGCUGGUCUGACUACUCCAUCCCUGGUGCUCCCUUGAACAGGGACCUUCCCCUCACUGUUAGGCCCAGAACCUAUUCCAAGGGACAAGCAAAUCCUGGCACCACAAUGCGGGCAGGCCAGGUAUUGGAAUGCCUGAACUGGUGCUGCCCAUGGCUCAGCCACUGCUGUACAUUUUUUGGUUGUUUUUAAGAAACUCAAGAGGGGUGUCAUUCUGGGCUUGCGUGGUUGCCAAUUCUUCACCAGAGGGGAGCCACGCCCCUUGCAACCACUUCUGUCCUUCAGCCCCCCACUCCCCUGUACUUCUUCCCUCCAAGCCAAAGCGUGGCCUGGCUUUUCCCAUUUGGUUUUCCUCCUCUCCUCUCCCUUUUUGUGCUUAAUUUAUUAAAAUAGUUACUGUAUAAUUUAUUUUCAUAAACUAUAAAAAAUUACUAAAUGGUUAAAAUAGACUUGCAGGCCAAUCUUAAAUGGGGUGGGA